AUGGACGAGCAUGUCGAAGCGAGCAGCGCGAGCCCGGCCGCCGAGCCGGCGCCGCAGGUCGGCGCGAUCCAGAUCGUGCGCAUUGACGACGAGGGUACCAAGUUUGAGCUCAACGACGAAGCGAUCGAAUCCAUCCUUGGCAAGGUUCCCGGCGACAUGAAGGUUGCAAUCAUCUCGGUCGUCGGCGCCUUCCGUACGGGCAAGUCGUUCGUAUUGGAUCUCUUCUUGCGCUACUUGAAGUACACGUCGACGCACGAGUCGCCGGACGUCACGACGCGCGAGUGGGCUAUGGCGCACGGCGCGCAGCUCGAGGGCAACUCGAACUUUGAGCAGACGCACGGCGAGACGGGCUUUUCGUGGCGCGCGGGCCGAAAGCGCAACACGACCGGCAUCUGGAUGUGGGGCGAGCCGUUUAUCCGCAAGAGCAAGGACGGCGAAGACAUUGCCGUCUUCCUCAUCGACACGCAGGGCAUGUUCGACUCGGAGACGUCGCAGAUGCUCACGGCGAGCAUCUUUGGCCUCAGCACGCUCUUGAGUUCGUACCAGAUUUACAACGUCGACAAGCGCGUCCAGGAAGACAACCUCCAGCAUCUGGCGCUGUUUACCGAAUAUGGCCGCAUGGCGCUCCAGGGCUCGAUCGACCAGAACGACAAUGCCGAGAUGAAGGCGGCGUCUCUGCGCAGCAUCCAGUCGUUUGCCAAGGCGGUCUCGGACAAGAACCUCGCCAAGCAGGCAUCGAGUGACGCCAACGACGUGGUCGAUGCCACGGACGUUGAAGACGCCAAGUCGGACGACGACGACGACGAUGGCGAAGGCGCCCACGACGGACAGAUGCGUCCGUUCCAGCACCUCGAUUUCUUGGUGCGCGAUUGGCAAGACUUCAAGCGGUCGGCGACUCUCGACGAGAAGAAGGCCGACAUGAAGGCGUACACGCAGGAGAUCCUCGCGGCGCGCAAGCAGCAAGACCUUGCCGACACGCGCGAACAGAUUUUUGCAUGCUUCCAGUCCAUCUCGUGCAUUCUGCUGUCGCACCCGGGCCACGCUGUCACGGACCGCGACUAUGACGGGUCCAUUGACGAGAUUGACAGUCGCUUCAUGGAGCUCUUGACGUCGUACCUCAACCAUCUCUUUGGCGCGACGUCGCUGCAGCCCAAGAAGAUCCACGGCGUCGACGUCUCGUCGCAGGAGCUCCUCACCUUUAUCAAGUCGUAUGCGGCGCUCUUCAAGGAGGCGACGAUCUUCCCCGAGGCCAAGACGCUCCUCGAAGCGACGGCCGAGGCCAACAACGUCAACAUGAAGGAGAAGGCACUGCACAAGUACAAGCUCGAGAUGGCCAAG